AUGUGGUUUCCUUGGUUGCAUGCAAAUUCACAACAUGAUGAGCUUGAAGUUUUACUCAAAAGGGUGAUGAAUAUUGUCUUCAAAUUCAUCAUCCCGGAUAGUUGGAACCCAAGAUUCUUGGAUUAGGAUUAGGAUUAGCUAAUCAUGUUGUCUAAUUGAUAAUUUCUUUCUCUCUUCUUCUUCUUUCUCUUGUAUGAUCAUUUACAGUGACUUGGUUACCUGCAAAGCAUGCUGUAAAGGAAGAUGGAUAUUUUCUUCUAAUUUAUUGUCAGAAAUCUAGAUUAUUGGAUUGGGAUUAGCUUAGGAGACUAGUAUUUUCUGUGUCUUGCAAUAUAUUUUGAAAAUUGAUUAGUUUAAAAGGAAGUUGAAUUUUUGGUACUUGCCAUAACUUGUGCAAGGUUCAUCAAAGAUGUUGCUAAUUGAGUAUCCUAUAAAAGCAGGAAAAAGCUGGAGAAAAAUGUCUUCAGCAAUGAGAGGUUUACUCAUAUAUAACCAGGAGCUGUUCAAGGGGGGGAAUUACCUUGAUCAUUCUCAUCUUCUUAGUGAAAAUCGAUCAUUCCUUCCUGUGAGGCGGCGAAGCCACCUUGGUAUUACCUGUUGUUUCCAGGAUUCACCUGCCACUAAAAUGGGGUUCUCAUUUUCAAAACAGAAGAGGGAUGAGACAUUGUCUCGCGGUCAAACCCAUGCACAGGCAAUCCUCACCCCAGCAUCAGAUACAACAGCUGUUACAAAGAAGCGUGUGUUUACUUUCGGGAAAGGAAUGAGUGAAGGCGACAAGAGCAUGAAGUCCCUGUUGGGAGGGAAGGGAGCAAAUCUGGCAGAGAUGUCAAGCAUUGGGUUAUCAGUGCCACCAGGACUUACCAUAUCAACAGAGGCAUGCCAAGAAUAUCAGCAGAAUGGAAAGAAACUACCAGAAGGCCUGUGGGAGGACAUAUUGGAAGGGUUGAAGAGUGUGGAGAAGGAAAUGGGAGCAACCCUUGAUGAUCCUUCCAAGCCACUCCUCCUAUCUGUUCGCUCUGGUGCUGCAAUCUCAAUGCCAGGCAUGAUGGAUACUGUCCUUAACCUUGGACUAAAUGAUACAGUGGUUUCUGGUUUGGCUGCAAAAAGUGGCGAGCGUUUUGCUUAUGACUCUUAUCGUCGUUUUCUAGAUAUGUUUGGAGAUGUUGUAAUGGACAUUCCACAUUCAUUGUUUGAGGAGAAGUUAGAAAAGAUGAAGGAAUCCAAAGGAGUUGAACUUGAUACUGAUCUCACAGCAGCUGAUCUUAAGGAGCUGGUAGAACAAUACAAGAAAGUCUAUCUAGAAGCAAAGGGUGAAGAGUUUCCUUCAGAUCCAAAGAAACAAUUACAGUUAGCUGUUAAGGCAGUUUUUGAUUCUUGGGACAGCCCUAGGGCCAUUAAGUAUCGAAGUAUCAAUCAAAUUACUGGACUAAAGGGAACAGCAGUGAACAUUCAGACAAUGGUAUUUGGAAACAUGGGAAAUACUUCAGGGACAGGCGUUUUGUUCACUAGAAAUCCAAGCACUGGGGAAAAGAAGCUCUAUGGAGAGUUCCUAGUCAAUGCUCAGGGAGAGGAUGUAGUUGCCGGAAUCAGAACACCGGAAGACUUGGAAACAAUGAAAAGUUGCAUGCCUGAAGCUUACAAAGAACUCGUUGAGAAUUGUGAAAUUCUGGAACGACAUUAUAAAGAUAUGAUGGAUAUUGAGUUUACUGUUCAAGAAAAUAGGUUAUGGAUGUUGCAAUGCCGAUCUGGCAAGCGCACUGGUAAAGGUGCAUUUAAGAUUGCUGUAGACAUGGUUAAUGAAGGGCUUGUUGAUACUCAUGCUGCAAUUAAGAUGGUGGAGCCACAACACUUGGACCAACUCCUUCAUCCACAGUUUGAAGAUCCAUCUGCUUAUAAAGACAAAGUGGUUGCCAAGGGCUUACCUGCCUCUCCUGGCGCAGCAGUGGGGCAGAUUGUGUUCAGUGCUGAUGAUGCUGAAGCAUGGCAUGCACAGGGAAAGAGUGUGAUCCUGGUAAGGACAGAAACCAGUCCAGAGGAUGUGGGGGGUAUGCACGCAGCUGCUGGGAUUUUGACAGCUAGAGGUGGCAUGACAUCUCAUGCAGCUGUUGUGGCACGUGGGUGGGGAAAGUGUUGCAUUUCUGGCUGUGCGGAUAUUCAUGUGAAUGAUUCUGAGAAGGUUCUUGUGGUUGGGGACGUGGUGACUAAAGAAGGAGACUGGCUUUCACUCAAUGGUUCCACUGGUGAAGUGAUUCUAGGAAAACAACCACUCUCUCCUCCAGCACUAAGUGGUGAUCUGGAAACCUUUAUGUCUUGGGCUGAUGAUAUUAGGCGUAUCAAGGUCAUGGCAAAUGCUGACACACCUGAAGAUGCACAAACAGCAAGAAACAAUGGUGCUCAAGGGAUUGGCCUUUGCAGGACAGAACACAUGUUCUUUGCUUCAGAUGAGAGGAUCAGGGCUGUCAGAAAGAUGAUAAUGGCAGUAACACCUGAACAGCGAAAAGCAGCCCUAGACCUGUUACUUCCUUACCAAAGAUCCGACUUUGAGGGAAUUUUCCGUGCAAUGGAUGGCCUUCCAGUAACAAUCCGUUUGUUGGACCCUCCACUACAUGAAUUUCUUCCUGAGGGCGAACUGGAAUUUAUAGUGAGUGAAUUAACUUUAGACACUGGCAUGGCUGAGGAUGAAGUUUUCUCAAGAAUUGAAAAAUUAUCUGAAGUUAAUCCCAUGCUUGGUUUUCGAGGAUGCAGGCUAGGGAUAUCAUACCCUGAGCUAACUGAGAUGCAGGCACGUGCAAUUUUUCAGGCUGCUGUCUCCAUGAGCAACCAUGGAGUCAAAGUUCUUCCUGAGAUAAUGGUGCCCCUUGUUGGAACACCUCAGGAACUGGGACAUCAGGUCAGUUUAAUACGAAGUGUUGCAAAGAAAGUCUUCUCUGAAAUGGAUACCUCCUUAAGCUAUAAGGUCGGAACUAUGAUUGAGAUCCCCAGAGCCGCCCUGGUUGCUGAUGAGAUUGCAAAGGAGGCAGAGUUCUUUUCCUUUGGAACCAAUGAUCUCACUCAAAUGACAUUUGGGUAUAGCCGUGACGAUGUUGGCAAAUUUCUUCCAAUUUACCUAUCUAAAGGCAUUCUGCAAAGUGAUCCAUUUGAGGUUCUUGAUCAGAAAGGUGUAGGUCAGCUCAUCAAGAUGGCCACAGAAAAGGGUCGUGCAGCGAGGCCAAGCUUGAAGGUUGGAAUAUGUGGGGAGCAUGGUGGGGAGCCUUCUUCUGUUGCAUUCUUUGCAGAGGCAGGACUGGACUAUGUUUCAUGUUCUCCAUUCAGGGUUCCCAUUGCAAGGCUAGCAGCAGCUCAGUUUGCCGUUUGAUUAUAACAAGAUUUUGAGAAAAGCAGCACUCCCAUUUCCAUCAUUCUGUAAAUAAAACUCUCUCCAUAUAUACAUAGAAUAACCUCUUUGAUGUCCUGUAAAUGAUUGACAUGGAGAAUUUGCAACCCUCAUAAGUUCCA